UCUUAGAAGCACUGUGAACCACCUUAGCUGCAGUCUUUUCAACCUUGUGGGUCCCUUUUUUUUUUUUUUUUUUUGACUCUAGCUAUUUUCAGGACCUCGCUCUGUGUCAUACUGCUCUCUGCUCUGGGAAAGAUGGUGUGUUCCUUGGAUCUCUCUUUGCCGAGAGACUUCUUCUUUAUCCUGCUUCUCCAGGUGUCCAUGUGGGGCUCAGAUUCAUUUUCGGUGAUUGGCCCCUCGGAGCCCAUUGUGGCCAUGCUGGGUGCAGACACGGUGCUGCCCUGUCGCGUGUUCCCAGCCAUGAGCCUGGAGAACAUGGAGCUCCGCUGGUUCCGCUCCCAGUUCUCAGAGGCUGUGUACGUGUAUCAGGACGGGAUGGAGCAGACAGGAGAACAGCUGGCAGAUUUCAGAGGGAGAGCAGAGCUGGUGAAAGACUACAUCACUGAGGGAAGAGUGGCUGUGAGAAUCCACAGUAUUAAAAUGUCAAAUAAUUUUUGUUUCAUAAAAAAAAAUGUCCAAGUCUCAGAUAAAUGACUUUCCUCUCCAGGUCUGGGUUCCAAUCCUCAUAUUUUCAUGGUGGGUCCAGAAGAUGGAGGAAUACGGCUGAAGUGCACAGGCAAAGGAUGGUUUCCCCAGCCUGAAGUUCAGUGGAAAGAUGCAAAGGAAGAGAGGAUCCCGUCUCUCUCUGAAGACCAGACGCAAGAUGAUGAUGGGUUGUUUCAGACUGAGGCGUCUCUCAUUGUGAGAGACAGCUCAAAGACAGAAGUGUCCUGUUCCAUGAAGAACCCCUUCUUUGGACAAGAGCAAGUGGAAACCAUUUUUAUCCCAGAACCCUUCUUCCCUAGGACCUCUCCUUGGAAGGUAGCGUUCGCUGUGACUUCCGUGAUACUUGGGAUUUCCGUUGGUGCUAUUGUGUAUUUGGCUCUGAAAGAAAAACAGGAAAAGAAAAAUGUAUCAGAAGUUGAGAAGGAAAAGAAGAAAGAAAGAAAAGCCAAAGAAUCACUUGAGAAGGAGCUUGCCAGAAGGAAGACAUUAUAUCAGCAAGAUUGGAGAAAAGCGGAGUUAUAUGCUGACUGGAGAAAGGAACUGUUCGAAGCAGUGGAUGUUACUCUGGAUUCAGACACAGCUCAUCACAAGCUCAAGUUAUCUGAGAGCAGAAAACAAGUUUGUUUAAAAGAGAAUGAUCCUCAGAAUGGUGACGCCUCAACACACCAAGAGCAAGAAGAGUCUGAAACCAUCUCCAGUGUUUUGGGCCAGGAUGACCUUACCCCAGGGAGACAUUGCUGGGAGGUAGAAGUGAGUAUGAAGACAGAAGCUGGAUCUGGAACUAGAUGUGCUCUGGGUGUUUGUGCAGUUACAGCAAAAAGAGAGGGGUGGUUUGCAGAAAGUCCAGAGAAGAAUUUCUGGGUGGUAACAUACAAGGAAGGAGAAGUCAUUUCCCAGAAAGGGUCUCUGUCACUGAGACAGUGGCCCCGCAGGAUUGGAGUUUUCCUGGACUGGGAUGCUGGGAACCAGCACCUCCAGAUCAAGCCCACAGCUCCAAUAAGAAGCAAUCCCCAAAUAAUCGGUAUCAUCCGUGGAAAAGUCAUCCUGAACUCUGAAACGGAAACCCCAGAAUCACAUUAA